AUGGACCAGAACCGACUUCUUCGGUCGCUCGCUCUCUACCUUCGCCUCGCCCUCCUCGCGCUCGCGUUUUCUCUUUUGGGGGCUUCGGCGCGCACGGCCUUCCCUGACAGCCGUGCACGCCCUCCGCGUCAGUCUCCCGCUCCCUGGUCUUCUCUGCUGCGUCCGAUUCUGCCUCUGUCUCCUCCCUCUGUUUCACCCUUCUCGCGUCCUUCUCGCUGCUCGUCUGGUCCCAUCUGCGCGGAGUCGCCUGCACGCAUCUCGGCCGCCGCCUCAAGAACCGAGCCAGGCGGAUGCCUGCCUUCCCGCACGAACCGGUCCUCUACCUUCUUCCGCAGCGUGGUCGGCGCUCCGUCCCCUGUCUGCGCCUCCUCGUGUGCGUUUGUUUCUCCCCUCUUCGCCUCUUCUUUCUCCCCGCCUCGGGCGUGGCCUCUGUUCGCUCCCUUCCUCGCGUCUUGCAACCAACCCACUUCUGCUCAGUCUCUCUGUCCGGCGUCCGCUUUGCGCCGUCCGUCUCCCGCCAUAGAGUCUCUCUCCUUCUUCGCUCCUCAGCGCUCGACGUGCGAGGAUUCCGGAGCCGCGCAUGCGUCGCGUCAUCUCCGAAGCGCGGAGCUCUCAGUUUCCUCGCCAACCCGCCUCUUUGCCGAAAAGGGGGAAGACCCGCAACGCGACCUCCAUGUCGAGAACGAUUCAGAGGGUGCCUUCGGCGAGGAAGCGCGUCCGGAAGCCGAACGUUCACUGGACGCCAGUGUCUCCGCAGCUGACAACGCAGAACGCAGAAGCGGGGCAUGCGACGGCCUUGACAGCCGCCGUUCGGCCGCCAAAGACGGCGAAUCCAGUGCGGUCUCUUUUGGAGACGCACCCUUCAGUGCAUCUACGGAGGAAGAAGAAGGCGACUACUGGAGCGACGCGUCUCUCGUCUCUCUGCAGGAGGAACCUCGCUCAACUGAAGAGGGGGAAAGAGACAUCGCAGACGCAAAAUCCGCAGCGAGCGCGGCAGGCCGAGACAAGUCCGCAGCCAAGCCGUCUGAGGCGAAGUCCGCGGGGAAACGUGGACCAGGUCUGCGCGACGGAGACAGCGCGGAUGGCCCAGACGCACCGAGACGCAAGAAGCCGAAGGAACAAGGAACAGACGAAGCGCGACAAGGGGAAAUACCGGAAGAGGACGCGACCCUGACGUUCCUUUUCCCGGAAGAAGAAGAAGCCCGACAGAAAAACGCGGCAGCUGCGGCGGUCGCGCGAUCCUUAGCCUCGACAACCAGCAAACUGUUUGCGUCUCUGCAUCCGAAGAUUUCUUCGGCAACUGUGGAGGCUCUGCAAGCGCGGGGCAUAACCGCUAUGACGCCGAUCCAAAGUGAAAGCUACGACGUACUGUUUGAUGGCCGCGAUGUCGUUGCUCGGAGCGAAACUGGGAGUGGAAAAACAAUCGGCUUCGCCCUGCCGCUGAUGGAGAGAGAACGACGCGAUAUGGAGAGAGAUUUCGCUGGAGACUUGCCAGGCGAAGACGCAGCUGAGAAAGAACUCAGACGGAGAGACAGCGACUUCUACGAGCAGCCAAGAGUGUUGGUCCUCGAACCGACUCGGGAACUCGCCCGGCAAGUCGCCCAGGAAGUGGAGCGGCUUGGCGACGCCCUGGACCUCUCCUCGUUCUGCGUGUACGGAGGAGUUCCGGUGGAGUCGCAACUGCGUCACUUGCGGCGCGAAAAACAACGCCGGAGCCGGCCGGGGGCGUCUCCAGGCUUCGCAGGGGACGUGUCUCCGCUCGGAAGACGCAGACAGAGAGACGACCAGAGAGAUUCGGGGCGCCUGGACGUCCUCAUAGCGACGCCAGGCCGGCUGCUCGACUUGAUGGGUCUCAACGAAGGCCGCGAGACUCCCCAGCAAGACGUUGACCUUUCGUCGGUGCGCCACGUCGUUCUGGACGAGGCCGACGAAAUGCUCAAGCUGGGCUUUGCUGCCGACGUGGAGAAAAUCCUGCAGAAAGUGAAGGAAAACCCUUUCAACGUCCAGGUGAUUCUCUUCUCCGCGACCACGCCUGACUGGGUGAAAGACGUCGCCGGCGCGUACUUGAGGAAUCCGAAGCACAUCGACAUUCUCGCGGAACGCAAGCUGAGAACGUCCACGACGGUCUCGCACCUCGCCGUCCGCCUGCCGGCCCUCGCGGCGUCUUCCCACGGCCGAGUCGCCCCCUGGUCCGGUCGUGGCAGCAGCCCCACAGCGGCGGCAGCUCCGCUGCUCCAGGAUCUCAUUCUCGCGGAGUCGGCGAGCGGGAAACAGGCAAUCAUUUUCGUGCCGACCAAAGCGGACGCGGACGCGCUCGCAAACGCGGCCGACUUUGAGAAAAUCGGCGCGAGUGUCCUCCACGGCGACAUCGGGCAGGAAACCCGUCAGGCAGUCAUGGAAGGCUUCCGCAGAGGUCGCUACAAAGUGCUCAUCGCCACAGAUGUCGCUGCCCGCGGAAUUGACGUAGACAGCGUCGACCUCGUAAGCGAUUCCGGAAACAUGGGUGCGCGGCUGGGUGGCGUCGGCCAGCCGAUGAGAACUGAAGCGAGUGUGGACGAAGCCGAGAGAGCUAGGGAUGCCCACGGACGACAGCGAGGGGAGAAAAAGACGAUGGGGGAAAGUCGGGCGGGGCAUCUCCCAAAAGAGGCCGGAAAAACUGCCCCGUGCCUCCACGGGGGCGCGUGCGAAACCUCUCAUCAAAGGGUUGGAGAAGACGCGUUUCCCAAGAAAGGCGAGGCUGUCAUCUUCCCUGCCCUCGCCGGCGAUCGACGCCGAGCACCCGAGGCUGAAGCGCCGGCUUGUUCUCUCGAUGCGCUUCCCUGGCAUCCCUGCGGAGUGCUUUGUGAAGUGAUUCACUGCGGGGUGCCAACCGACGCCGACACCUACAUCCAUCGAAGCGGGCGAACGGGCCGAGCCGGCCGCGCGGGAAAGUCUCUCGUCCUCGUGUCGCCGCAGGAAGUGGCCGAUCUGGAGAGGCUUGAGCGCGCAUGCGGAUUCAACCGUCCUCUAUACCUGGCCAACACGGCGAGUCGCUUACUCGAUUCAAUUUCUCCCUCGGUUCUCCCCUUCUUCCGCCCCGCCGCGGAAGACCUGCUUCGUCGAGGAGACCUCUACGGCGUGUCGGCUGUUGAGAUCGUCGCCCGCGCUCUUGCAGCUGCCGCGAAUAUGAAGACUCUGCCUCAGCGGUCGCUGCUCACCGGCAUGGCGGCACAGCUUACAGUUCUCUUCACAAACCGCCAGCGCGACUGGAAGUCUCCGAACGACAUUUAUUACUGGAUCCGCGCGGUAGCGGAAGAUUUGGGCGUCGAACUGCCGCCGACCCUUGGCGAGAUCCGCCAGAGUGCAGCUGACCGCCGCGUUGCCUACUUCGACCUACCGGUGGAGAUCGGCGCUGGCUUCCUGAAGGCCUUCAAAACCCGAGCUCGCGCUGAGCACGUGAGAGUAGUGGCAAUGUCGAGGGCCGAGCACCUGCUGACUCCGCUCGUCAACGAGAACGCCGGAGAGCGGAACCUGCCUCAUUUUUUCGGCCGCGGAGGCUCGAGCACCAGCAGGUAUCGGCGUAGCGGCAGCGACUUCGACGGCUCCAGAAAAGCGGGCAGAGGAAACGCCCAAGUGGACGUGAACCAAACGAGAACAUCUGGGGCUCUUCCAGUCGCAGAAGUCGAGAAGGACGAAACGACGACGCCCAUUUCUGGGAUGUUUGAAAGACGCACGCGGGGUGCACUCAUAUGA